GCAUGUUGUCGUUGAAUACUGAAGCUGCGCUGGAAACCAGACUGUGGAAAUCAAGUUAAAGACUGUCGGGAUUUCAUUGAGGAAUUCAAUCAAUGGUAUUGCCAAUGUUCUACGUCAGUGUAUGAGACCAUAACACUGAAGACAAUAUGAGACUCCCAAGCAAACAGGAGCUCCUGCGGACCUACAGUACAUGGGAUGCAACCAAACAAAAACGUAUGUCGGCUCGUAUCUCACUCAAGCAUGGUCUUGCUUUUCUCCGUCUUCUUAGGAGUGGGUCAUCUCAAAGAAUAUCACAGCGGAAAGGAUCUCCAAGCAGGGUAUUCAAAGGAAAGCAUAAGCUGUCUCCUGGUGAUGAUAGACGAGAGAAUAAGAGGUUCAAGAGAGCUCAAGAAGAUCAGGGAGAGGUGUCAUCAAAUAUUCUGAUGAAAGAUGAAGAUAAGAUGAUAAAAGAGCAGGAAUUGCAACCAGAAAAUGCAACAAAUCUCAUGAGAACUGAAACAGUAUCUUCCCAGAGCACGUCGACUCUUCUGAGUGGCACAAAGAGUGGACCCAGUGACUUUCCACUAGGUCAGAAGAUGCAGUAUGUACCCCUGCAAGGUCCAGCCAGUAGCAAGGAUGGACUGAUCGAUGAUAGUACUGUGUCAUCCACUUUAGGACCUCAGAAUGAAUCGUUCCAGGGAAAUCCAAAGGCACCAGGGGAACAAGCAUCGUUGUCCAGCAGUGAGUCGAGUGCUACUUUUGACAGAGAGUUCGAGUUGAACUAUGAGCUCCAGAAGCCUGGGCCACUUUGGAGAAACAAGCGCAAAUCACUGCAACCAAGAAAGGUUCUACGUAAGGUGGCGCCAGAAGAAGGAAGUGUGUUAGGGAAUUACUUGCAGGAAGAAUUGCAAACCCAGGCAGAAGACAGUGAAAUGAGCAUACCUACAGAUGAAGGGGAGGUUCUGGAGUCCGGUCAGAAACACGGUGGGGUUCUUGAACCAGAAAAGGUGAUGCUGUUGAGGUGUACAGGGAUUACUUCCGUAAGAUCACAAAGUCCAUCAGUUGUGGAGUCUGAUGGAGAAUCCGGCCAGUUGAAACUGUUCAUAGAUCAAGACCCCAUGCUUGCAGAAGGAAACUAUUCUUGUGGUUCAGACCAAACUGUUGUUCCAUCUUCUUCACAAGGAGACACAGGAACUGUCCCUUUCCCAGGUCUUACAUGUAGGUUUGAGAGCAUUCAAGGCUUUACUGAAAAGAACAACACUGGAGAAUCAAGCCAGGGAAACCCUCCUUUGCUUGGAGACGGGCUUGCAGAUGUGGUGAAUAGUUCUUUGUUGGAUGAAAGUGUACCUGAUGAUUGCCUUGACAACUUGUUGCCAGGCUUAAACUUGCGGCAUGUUGAAAGAGCAGCUGCAGAGGGCAAUUCUAAUGAUGAGAAGGCUUGCAGCUCUCAGGAGAAGGUAGACAAGUCAAGCAAGGUCAAGAGGCACAAAGGCAAGUCACCUAAAAAGAGUAAGAAAUCCUGUAGUGCGAGACGAUUAGAUAUGGCUGUUUUUGGUGAUAAAAAUCCCGAAGAAGAUGAUUCUCAGGCCAACAAUGAUUUCAACUCACUAGGAAAUGCAGGCAAAUCCCACAAGGUCAAGAAGCACAAGUACAAAUCACCUAAAAAAAGUAAGAGAUCAUCAAGUUCAACGCAGAUAGAUAUGAAUAUUGACAAUCGCAGUUCAGUGGAAACUGUAGAUCAGUUUCACAAGAAACACAAGACCAAAGGACAAAAGGAGAAAUCACGUCCUAAACGUAAGACGAAAUCUAAAGAUGUAUCCUCUAACAAAUAUUCACCACUGCCCAAGAGUCCUGUCUUUGGAAGAAUUCUGCCCACUAGUGAUUGGUCCAGCCUUGAGAAUCCAGUCACAUCGCCUUGCCGUGUCCAGCUAGUGGACUAUGUAACCAACACUCAACUGAAGCAGCCUGCAAGACAAGGUAAUGAGGAAAACACUGCUGUUCCUGAAGUAGGCUCAGAAGAGGUAGAAGUCUAUCGAGUAGAGGAUGUAAUAGAAGUAGAAACUGUGAUUGGAUCAGCAGAUCAGUGUUCUGGUGUCCAAGUACAUGAACAGAGUGGGCAUACUGUCAAGGAGUUGGAUGAGCCACUUGGCACCUCAAUGGAUCUUGGCAGCCUUGAAGAGAGAGAAGAAUCCUUACGGGCUAAUAGGGAAGACAAUCAACCUAGCAGCAGCAGCAUAGUGGAAGGACAAAGCUCACCCUCUGGUCAAGAAGGUUAUCAAAGCCCAGCUGUAGGACAUGACUCAAGCACAGAAUGUUCUUCUCAGGCUUCUAUCAGAGGACAAAAGGCCAGUAAUCAAGUUGUCAGUAUCAAAAAGUUGGAGGAAAUGACCGAAAUUCUACCAGUUGAAAAGGAUGAAGGGAUUGAUAACCCGUCAGUUGAGAAGGAUGUGAAGAAACAUAAACCAGAAAACAUAAAGAAAGCUGUUCGAUCCAGAAAGCCUCAUGGAGACGUUGCACGAGGAGCAGGUGGAUGGGAGCAUUCGCUGAGACAGCGCCCUCAGAUGGUCAAACUGUUCCAGGUUGGCGGGGAUUCUAAGACACCAAAGAAAGGAGCACAGAAGGUAUCACCAAAGAAGGAUAGGUCCCAGAGCCUCCUGCAGUAUGGUCAUUCUAUGAUGCAACCAUCAUCAAAAGAGGCUUCGGAUGACGUUGGCUCCUCCCUUGCUGCUCUCUCUACAAAUAGGAUCAGGAGAUGGAGAAAAAAAGAACAGAGAGCUGUUGCUAUGCCACCUCCUCUGGAUGAAAAAGAAAGUGAUGGAAAGGAAGCAGGCAGAAAAACAAAGGUCAAAGUUCAGGAUGGUAAAGAAAAUGAUUCUACAGAUGCAUUCUGCAGAGGACAGUUGGUGUUUGGUAAAUUGAAAGGUUUCUGCUGGUGGCCUGGUCAGAUUGUCCAUCACUAUGAGAGGAACAUCCGGGAACUUCCUCCUCCCCUGACCAGAUGGAUCCAGUGGUUUGGAGAUGGGAAGUUUACACUGCUGAGCCUCAGUCAGGUUGCAGGCUUUGAAGAGUUCCCAACCUUGUUCAGUUCAUCUACCUUCCAGAAGCUAUCCCUGUACCAGAAAGCUUGCUAUGAAGCUCUUAAUCUUGCAGCAAAGCGAGCCGGCAAGGAAUUCGACAUUGCCGAGCCAAUUCCACCGACCCCUCCGACAGCCCCAUGUUCUAUCAAGGAGAGACAGGAGUAUAAGGCUAAGAUGCUGGAGAGAUGUAAGGUGAUGCAAGACUGGGCUUUCGACCGGUUCAACCCUGAAGGACCAGAAAGCAUCCAACCAUCGGAAGAGGAGAAGAAAACACCCCCUAUCCCAAAGUCACCCACCCCCAGCCCAGAGAAAAAGAAACCUGAUCAAAAGGAAUCAUUUGAAGAUAAACGAGGAGAGAGUAUGAAGAAUGUAAGGGCUGGGAAAGUGACAGUUGAAGAUAUCUGCAUUGGAUGCGGUAGUACCAGCCUGGCUGCCAAACAUCCACUCUUUGUAGGAGGCCUUUGUGAAGUCUGUAGGAUUGAGUACUUGGAAGUAGCCUACCUGUAUGACUGUGAAGGGUACCAGGCUCAUUGUUGUAUCUGUGCCGAGGGUGACAAGAUCACGCUUUGUGAUAAUCAAGGUUGCUAUCACUCUUACUGCACAGCUUGCAUGGAUUAUCUUGUUGCGCCACAAGAAUCAAACAGGGUAUCCAACCAAGAUCCUUGGUCCUGCUACCUCUGUUCGGGUGACCGUUGCCAUGGUUACUUGACACGCCGAGACGACUGGCAGGAGCAGCUGGUGGAGUUUUUCAACCGCGAUCAGAUCGCCGAUUUUGAACCCCUGCGAAUGUACAAGCCCCUCCUCCUAGCUGAGCGUAGACCAAUCAGAGUCUUGUCUCUUUUCGAUGGACUAGGCACAGGUAUGCUUGUGUUGAAGGAGCUUGGUUUUGAUGUGGAGUGUUACUAUGCAUCUGAAGUGAGUGAGGAGGCCAUCACUGUGUCUACUGUACGCCUGAAGGGACAGAUCAAACAGAUUGGCGAUGUUCAGAAGAUCACCCCUAAGGAGCUCAAAUCGUGGGGACCCUUUGACCUUCUCAUUGGGGGUAGCCCAUGCAACGACCUCUCCAUUGUCAAUCCUGCCCGAAAGGGCCUCGGUGGAGGGACGGGCCUCCUCUUCUUUGAGUUCUACCGGAUCUUGCGUGACCUUCAGCCCCUUCCAGAUGACCCUCGACCUUUCUUCUGGCUGUUUGAGAACGUAGUGUUCAUGGGACGCAAGGAUAAGCUUGCCAUCUGCAGGUUCCUUCAGUGUAAUCCUGUGAUGAUAGAUUCCCGUCACAUGUCGCCCACCCACAGAGCCAGGUACUACUGGGGAAACCUACCAGGAAUGCAUCGGCCAUAUGUGGCUGGAGCUGACAAUCCCCUAUGCCUUCAAGAGUGUCUGGAGCCACACUGUGAUAGACAAGCUCAGUUCUCCAAGGUUGGGACUAUCACGACCAACGCCAACUCCAUCUGGCAGACCAAAGAUGCAAUCUUGCCUGUUAUUAUGAACGGCAGAGAAGACGGACUAUGGUCAACAGAGUUAGAAAGAUUGUUUGGAUUCCCGGACCAUUACACCGAUGUCGGCAACCUUGGUCGCGCGGCUCGUCAGAAACUCCUCGGUAAGGCAUGGAGUGUUCCCGUCAUCAGACACCUGAUGGCGCCGCUCAAAGACUACUUCGCAUGCAGCGGACAGAAAGAAUAAGGUCAAAGGUUGUUCAUCCUGAGUGUUUGGAUUUGAACAUGGAUACCAAGUAUCCAUAUAUUUGCUUUCACUAAACUUUGGAAAAGAGAAUCCGUUUCAAAUAAAAUGUGGAUUUGAUUACUGCACUACUCAAAGACCGGUUUAUAUGCAGCAGACAGGAAGAACAAGGUUAAAGGUUAUUCAUCCUGUAUUAGUAGAUUUGAGCAUAUGAUUGUGGAAGGGAUAACUAUCUAUUUGUACUUUGAAUGAACCUCAGGAAAUUAAAUGGGUUUGAUAUGUGUCCCACUUUUGAUGCCAGUGGAGUAUUCAAAGUUCUGAAGUCUUCCAGUGUCAAGGACUUUUCAAGUACAAAGUGUUCAGCGCGUAUACUUUCAAUCCCACUAAACUUCAGGUAAAUGAAGUCUAGUUCUCACGAAGUCCGUGUUUGAUUUUUGUCCCACUUUAGAUGCAUGCAGUGGAUGGCAAUUGAUGUUUCUAGUAAAAAGGGUUUAGCAAGUGUACAUUCAAUUCUUCAAACUUCAGGACAAUGGAAUCUGCAGUUAAUUGUUUACCAAAUAUGUUGGUGGGAUUUCUGUGCAAGAGCUAACUGUUAUGUGGUAUGACUAUCUUGCCAACAUAUAGUAAUAUAGCUAUUAGGAAAAAAAACUGAUUAGCGUAUUGAUUAUAGAAAAACAAAUCUUUACAGUACCUCAAGAAAAAUGGAAAUCGAUAAGUUACUACUUCACAAGACCUCUGGGUUUGAGAUGUUAGGUACAUGCAUGGAACUAUAAACAGACAGUAAUUAUAUUUUUCAAAUUUUAGUGUCAAUGAUCUUUAUUUAGGACUUAGAGGGCAUGAAAUAUGCUUUAAAAUAUCAUCCAUCUUUGGGAAUAAAAUUUUUUUUUAAUUACUUGUUAGUGUGAUUUCUACUCAAGAGCUUAUUGCUGUCUGGAGAUUGGCCAUCUUGCCGUGGAACAGUCACAAGAACAAAAUAAUAAAAAUCUUUUUAAUAAUACCAGAAUAUUAAACAUGUACAUGUAUCUUUCAUUGCAACUAAAUAACUGAUUGUGCAAUAAAUAUGAGUAUGCAGCCCAUGUUAGUAUCAAAAUAUGUAAAUUAGAUAUGGGGUGCACACACACGCACACAGAAAAGGUUUUAUUUCUGAUAAUAGAAACAGAUUAUGUGAUCAGAUCUCUGUUUAAGAACUAAAUGCUUUUACAUGUAACAAUUAAAAUCUUAAAGACAUAAGAUAUAUCAUGUAAAGCAAUAAUAAUGUAUGUGUCUGUAAGAAAAUACUUGGUUCUUUUGAUAUGUAUAAUUAUUUAAAGAUUGAUUUACUUGGACAUUGUAAUGGUUGUAUUGUUACAACUAAAAGCUUGAAUAAGUUUGAGUCAUUCUGUAAGAAUGCAGAGAUCAUUUCCAAAUGAUACGGAUUCCAAAUCUCUCCUGAAUUUCAAAGCAGUCCAAAUCUGCAGCAACUGAAGCAUCAUAACACCCUGAAGAAAUUGAUGCACUUUUUGCCCUGAAACUGAAGUUAUGUUUUAUGAUUUGUCUUCAUGUUCCUAACUGUGGGUUUUUUAUUUUCUUUCACAUAUACAUAAUAGUUUUUGUUUCUGUUUCCUAAGAAAUUGAAAUCAGUUAUUUUUUUUCUUUUCUUUUAAACUUGAUUGUGUUCUUUUUUAAAGUAUUAUUGCGUUGAAUAUAUGACGAUUUCUUUUUCCUUUUAACCUUCCUGUAACAUAUACACUUGCAUGCUGAAAUAAGUUGGAGUGAAGGAUGUUUUAGUUUUUUAUUAAGUUUUCUGUUUUCAUUAUAAUGCAGGCCAAAUUAGUCCAAUAUAUGACACAGAUGUUUUUAUGAUGUUUCAUUUAUUUGGACCUCAUGGGACUCCUCAUAAACCUAAUGGCCCUUAUUCUGAAGUCGGGGUUUAAGUAUGGAUAGCCAAUUGUUACAUAAAUCAUUAAUCAUAGAGAUAUCAUAUUUCAUCUCAUUUGGCUCUUAAAUCUUUCAUAAUUGUCUAGGAAGUAUAAAUACUUCACCUCCGAUGAAUCAGGAAAGAGCACAGUAAACAUAAGAAACAUACAACUUAAUAAAAAUUUUGACACUUAUGGCUUCCCAUAAUAUUAGCACAGAGUUAGACCAUGAUCUAAGUUAAACCUGACUUCAGAAUACGGGCCUAUGACGUUAAUUUUAAUAAACAUUGUAGAGGUUCUAAAAACUCUUCUAUGAUUGAAAUAGCUUGAACUAUUUAUAUACCAAUUACUAUCAUCUAAGCCAUGCCAAAGUGUGGACUGAGAGUAGGAAAUCAAAAGUUCUGAUCCUGCUAAUCAUUUUGAUUGAUUGACUUUUUCAUCGUAAAUUUCUUUUUUUAUUAAUUUGUGCAAUCAACAGUAACUGUUACUGAAAUCAUUUUUUUUGUGUGUGGGAAUUUCGUAAGAAAAUAAAAAUCAAUAUUUUUGUGAUGUUUGUUGAUACUUCAAUCAGUACUAUGAGAAAGAAAUAUGCUAUAUUUUACCUUGAAAAUUCAUACAAUGCCUUGAUUCAUGUCUAGAGGUUUGGUAUUGCUUCUUCCUUUGUAAGACACCAAAGUCACCAUUUAUCUUCGCACAGUAAUUACUUUUUCGAUGAUGGUAGACGAUUGAUACAUGUCAUACAUGCAUAGUUCUAUGGGACCAUAUUCUGAAGUCAGGUUUAAUGUAAACUCUGGUUUAAAGUUUUGGAUUAUCUAUGGAUAGCCAUUGGUGACAUAAAUCUUUAACAGUAAGGGUUCAAUGUAUCAGCUCAUUUGACGGGCAAAUCAUUAAACUGUCUGAAAUUGAGAAAUAAGAGUUGUUUUCACCAUUAAAGAAUUAGAAAGAGAUGCAUUAAAAAAAGGUAUACAAUUUAAACAAAAUUGUGACAUUUGGCUUCCCAUAAUUUUAGGUCAUUGUUAGACCAUGGUGUUUAUUUGUCUAUGUGAGAAUCAGGAAAGCCCUUUGAUAAUUUAUUUCAGAGAAGAAUCCCUUAUAUUCAAUAUCUCCCUGAUUUCUGUAAAUUCUCUGUGAAUUGCAAAGUUGGCAGCUCUGUAAAGUUUAUAGUUGAUGCGAGUUUUACAUAGCAUUAAUUGAAUAUGCUGUCUAGGUGACUGACCAUUGUUAAACUAAUGGGGAGCUACAAGAAACUUGCAAUCAAUAGCAAGUCUUUUCAGUCCAUGAAUCAAUCAUUUGUCUUGUAAUUAAUGACAAAUUUGCGAUUGCUUGCUAAUCGGCUUUUUGAAAAAAAGGAGUGAAAUCUGAUUUGCUACAGCAAAUAGUGAUCUGUCACUUAUAACAUUCCAACAAUAUAUUUGAAAUUGAUUGCAAAUAUUUUCUUGCAUCACCCCCAAAGUUUUCUACAAAAGGUUGCAUUUUAACCUUGUCAGCAAACACCACAUUGAUAAUCUUGAUUGAGAAACAAUAUCUAGUAUCUUUAAAGAUAAGUAUAAACAAUUCUUCUCUGGUUUAAACAUAACAUUUUGUCAUCUUGCCAUAAAAGAAUCACUUUCUUAACAUGUGUGAUUCAUGUUUCUAAUGUUUUUAUCAAUCCAUCUUAAAAAAAAACCUUUAUUAUAUAAUAACAGGUGUCUUUAGCCGAUACCUUGUUGCUUUGGUUUUGUCUGUCAUGAACGGGGGGGGGGGGGGGGGGGGGGCAUAUCACCUACAUUGCCCUCUUUGAUAUGAGACAGUCAAGACUUGUGAUAUUGUUUUAAGUUUAUUUUUGUUUUACUUUCUGUUGAAAUCCAUAACUUGAAAAGGUUAUUUUCUGUGUUUUCCUGUUUUGUUAACUUGUUUAUCCAUAGCUUUAUUUUCAAGAAGAUUUUUAUGUUUAUAGUUUUCUAAUAAAGAAAUAAUAUAUGAUUAGAAC